AUGGAUGAGAUACUCCAAGGGAUUGGCGGAGUCGGGUAUAUCCUUGACGAUAUUUUAGUAACGGGCAAAGAUGAUACAGAGCACAGGCAGAAUUUGGAGUUAACAUUACAACGAUUAGACGACUUUGGCAUCAAACUUAAAGAGUCGAAAUGUUCGUUCAUGCAAGACGAAGUAGAAUAUUUUGCUUUCGUGGUGAACAAAGAGGGUAUCCACCCCUCACCGAAGAAAGUGGAAGCCAUGUUGAAGCUCGAAGAUCCCAACAACAAGAAGGAGCUGCAAUCGUGGUUGGGUAUUGUGAACUAUUACCGUAAAUUUAUCCCAAACAUGUCGACAAUGGUUCAACCGCUGACUGAUCUUUUGGCAAAUAACGUGGAGUGGGUUUGGACGGAAGAAUGUGCAAAUGCCUAUCAUAAGCCAUUGACGCUGAUUCUUGGUCCAAAAAAGGGAAUUCCCGUCUUGGCAGCAUCGCGUAUUCAGAGAUGGGCGAUCCAACUAUCAGCCUACCAGUUCGACAUCAAGUACCGUUCAACUGAAGAGAAUGGAAAUGCCGAUACGCUGUCACGUUUCCCUCUCGCUGCAUCCGGCGAAGUGUUGGACGGUGUCUUCUUCCAAGAAGCAGAACUUGUGAACAAAAUGCAAGUCAACGGCUUACCAAUAUCCGCCACUCGAAUGGCCAGCGCUACAAGGAACAACAAGUGGUUGUCUGGGGUCACCGAAUAUACCAGGUGUGGUUGGCCUCGAAGUGAGGUCGACAGCGAAUUACAAGCGUACCAUCGUGUGCGGGAGGAAAUCUCUAUCGAGGAAGAUUGUCUGCUCCGAGGAGUUCGUGUGAUAGUCCCAGAAUGUUAUCGUGAAGAAAUCCUGGACGAAUUACAUAGAAGUCACCCUGGCAUGGUGCGUAUGAAGGCCCUUGCGAGAUUACAUGUUUGGUGGCCAAACCUGGAUACCAACAUCGAGAGAAAAGUUGCGGCGUGUGAACCCUGUAGAGAGCAUUUGCCAAAUUGUCCGAAAGCUCAAGCCAACCCUUGGCUUUGGCCACAAUCACCUUAG